GUUCCAUUCUUAUUACAAUUUCUCUAUUACUCUCUCUUAUUAUUCAAGGUGUUUGUUGUUUUAUUUGAAAGAUGGGAGGUGGUAAGGAUAAGCAUGAUGAAUCUGACAAAGGGGUUUUUUCAAGCCUUGCUCAUGGUGUAGCUAAUGCUGCUACACAUGGAGGAGGACAUGGUUAUCCACCUGGGGCAUACCCUCCACAACAUGGGUAUCCUCCACAACAAGGAUACCCUCCACAACAAGGUUAUCCACCAUCUGGGUAUCCUCCACAACAAGGAUACCCUCCACAAGGCUACCCACCUGCUGGUUAUCCUGCUUCAUCUGGUCAUAAUGCUCAAGGGUCUCAUGGACAUGGCGGUCCCGGUAUGGGAGCAAUGCUUGCCGGGGGUGCAGCUGCCGCCGCCGCUGCUUAUGGUGCUCACCAUAUCUCCCACGGCUCUCAAGGUCACUAUCCACAAGGUGGAUACGCACCAGGUGGCUAUGCACAAGGUGGAUAUGCACAUGGUGGUGGUCACAUGCCUCACGGAAAAUUCAAGCAGCAUGGCAAGUUCAAGCAGGGAAAGCAUGGCAAGUUCAAGCAUGGAAAGUUUGGCAAGCAUGGUGGAGGCAAGCAUGGGUUCAAGAAGUGGAAGUGAGGAAUGUAUAUAUGCAAUUAUGACUCUAAAUACAGCUGCUUAAUGCUUGCUACUUUAUAAAUAAACCAUGCACUUCGUAUGAUCUAUGUUUACCAUACUAGAUCCUUUCUUUUUUCUUGUUUUGCUACUUUAUAAUGUACUGGAUCCUUUGAGCAAGUCUUGAGGUAUUGGCUUAUUGCUGAUCAUGACACUGACAAAUUGAUGUGUAGAGUGGCCUUAAUAUGUUUUGCAUCCUGGUUACAUGUUCAUUUAUCUCAUUGAUUAUUUUAUAAUUUUCUGAAUCUGAAGCUCUAUGUGAUCAUGAACAACUUCUCAGAUAGUUGAUGAAAAGCAUCUUAUGUUCAUAUAA